GAGGCUUUGGCAGAGCCGAGCGAGCGGCCGAGCGAGCGGCAGAAGCGGCGAUUGGGGUGCGGGCGGGCGCAGGAAGCGGCGGCGGAGGAAGGAGAAGGAGAAGCCGAGCGGCGGCGGCGGCGGCGGCGGCAGCGGAGGGAGGGGGGGGGCCAGCCGCGGGGCAGGAAGAGCCGGCUCGCGAAAGGAGGGGCCGCGAGGGAGGCCUCCGCGCAGGCGCACCGCGGGCCCCCUCCCCGACGAAGCGUCCCCCCCCCCCCACACAGUCCCCGCGCGCCGAGGGGUCCUGACAGGCCUCGCUCGAGACUCCGCCCGGGAGGGGCCGCCGGCCGGGGGGGCACCAUGUCCUCCCCCAGCCCGGGCAAGAGGCGGAUGGACACCGACGUGGUCAAGCUUAUCGAGAGCAAACACGAAGUCACAAUCCUCGGAGGACUCAACGAAUUUGUAGUGAAGUUUUAUGGACCACAAGGAACACCGUACGAAGGUGGCGUGUGGAAAGUUCGCGUGGACCUUCCUGACAAAUACCCUUUCAAAUCCCCAUCUAUAGGAUUCAUGAAUAAAAUUUUUCAUCCCAACAUCGACGAAGCGUCAGGAACUGUAUGUCUAGAUGUAAUUAAUCAGACUUGGACAGCUCUCUACGAUCUUACCAAUAUAUUUGAGUCGUUCCUGCCCCAGUUGUUGGCCUAUCCCAACCCCAUAGACCCCCUCAAUGGAGACGCCGCAGCCAUGUACCUUCACCGACCAGAAGAAUACAAGCAGAAAAUUAAAGAAUACAUUCAGAAAUAUGCAACAGAGGAAGCCCUCAAAGAGCAGGAAGAAGGGACCGGCGACAGCUCUUCGGAGAGCUCCAUGUCUGACUUUUCAGAGGAUGAGGCCCAGGACAUGGAAUUGUAGUAGGAGCUGCCUCCUGCUUCCUCGGAGAGACUUGGCUUCCUAACCAUGCGCUGAGGAAGAAGCAGACUUAUAACAUUCAUAUUUAAACAAAGCAAUUUUUUAUUACUAAACAAGGUUUUUAUGAAUAAUAGCAUUCAGAUAUAUAUACAUAUAUAUAUAUCACCCUUUAGAUCUUGAUUUUUCUUUUUUUUUCUUUUUUGGUCAUUUCUUGAGAGCCUCCCCUUCCCCACCCCUCCCAAAAAAAAAAAAUGCAUCGCGGUGCGUUUCCGACAUUCCACUUGGUAGCAAUAUGAACACCCCCCCCCCCCGGUGCAUGCUUGCAUCUUAUCUUCGUGAUUCCAUUUCAGCUGAGUUCAAACCUCCCCUUUCCCCCCCCUGCCCUUCCCCACCCCACCCCCCAAAAUCCGUUGCUUCGCUCGGGAGGGAAACCGGAUAAUGCCUCCCCCCUCCCCAAUUUUUUAAUUUUUAAACUUCGCUCUCUGUUUUUUUUCCCCUUUUUUUCCUCCUUUCUUUCUUUUCUUUUUUUUUUUCCCAAGUCGAGCGUUCCAAAGACAAGCAAAGACACCCUUGGAUGCAAACGCGGAACAGCACUUUGAGAAUGUAAAAGUAGAAGGUUUUUUGGGGGGGGGAGGGGCGGGGAAGGGAGGGGGGACGCGUGCGAUUUAAUCGAUGGAAAAUGAUAAGGCCGUGAAGUCAACGGUGCUUCGUUGUUUGUUUAUUUUAUUUUUUUCAGCCUGGCUGCUUUAUUCGAAAAAGCCUUUUUUGGAUGGAGUUCACCUUUUCAAUUUUUCAUUCUUCUUCUUCCCCCUCCCCUUUUUUUUGGUGUGGUCUUUCAAAGAGCAAGACCCCCCAACCGGAGCCACCAAUCGAAUGCAUGGAGUUUCUUCUUGACGUGUCCGAUUUUUUUUUUGUUUACGAAGCAGCUGUGAAAUUUCCCUUAACGGACUUCCUGUCUGCUUAGAACUGGUGAUGGCGGUGAUGAUGCUACUGGUGUGUGUGGUUUUUUUUUUUUU